AUGAACGAUGUCUUCAAAGCCUUCCUGCGGAAAUUUGUCCUAGUCUUUUUCGAUGACAUCCUCAUGUAUAGCACAAGUCCAGAGGACCAUGUGGGGCAUUUGACUCAGAUAUUAGAGGUGUUGCGGCAACACCAAUUAUACGCCAACAAGAAGAAAUGCAGUUUUGGCCAAUCACAAUUGGAGUACCUCGGCCAUAUCAUUUCUGCAAAAGGGGUGGCAGGGGAUAUGAAGAAGGUGGUUGCCAUGCUGACAUGGCCAACUCCAUCAUCACUCCGGGAACUCAGGGGUUUCCUGGACCUUACCGGUUAUUAUCGAAAAUUUGUCCAGGGUUAUAGGAGCAUUGCAUGGCCUCUCAUGGACCAGCUUAAAAAGGACAAUUUUGGUUGGACGGUUGAGGCUGACCGAGCCUUUCAACAGCUUAAGCAAGCCAUGUCAUCCGUACCCGUGUUGGCUUUGCCAGACUUCUCAUAG